CGAUGUACAGAACCUAUCAUCCUUGCUUGAACGUAUACGUUCUGUAGACGUAAAUAAUAAGCAUCAAGCUCAGGGUGUUGCAUUUUGUGAAUUUAAUUUCAUCAACUUUAAACGAAAUUGUACAAAUGAAAUGGUAAUUCAAUGUCGCGCUUGUCUUAAUUCAAAGGACACUGCAUUUAUACGCAUGGAGUCCCAUAUAGCGGAAGGCAUCGACUUCUUUUCUUGCUUCAGUGUGUGCACGCAAUUGGAUGCAGGAUUCAAUGACGGACUGCCGGCUGUUCUUUGCACUAAUUGCUCUCAGGAUCUUCAAAUAGCUUUCAAUUUUGUGCAAACUGCACGCCAAGCUGACAGAAUGCUGCGUGAUAGUUUACUACAAAAGCUGAUGCCCAAUGAAAUAGUGGAAACAUUGGACACAGAAGUUGGCGAUUCAAUAAUGGAGCCUUUGGAAGUAGUAGACGAUAGUGAAGAUGAGGAUUGUGUGGUUGAGGAGCUUCUAGAAGACGAGCCUGUAUUAGAUGAAGUUAUCGAAGAGGGUGAUGUAGAAAUAAUGGAGGUCGAAAAAGCAGAUGAGCAUAUUUUUGAAAACUCAGUAGAUGAACUAGAACUUAUUGAGGAGAAAUACGAAGAGACUCCAACAGUAGAAUCUGUAAAUGACAUAAAUUAUCAGCACGAAGAACAGCCAAACUCAGGAGAAUAUUUCCCCGAAGAUGAAGUUGAUGACGAGUACCAGAGGGAAUACCACGAAAAUGAAGAACAGCUCAACAUUUGCGAUACCGUAUCUAAUGGUGCUAAAUGGAAAUGCAUAGAAUGCAAGCGUGUCUUAUGUGGCAACGUCUCUUAUGAAGGCCAUAUGAAUAUGCAUCGCUCAUUGCGUCCUUACAAAUGUACUUUAUGCAUGUGUGCUUUUCGCUGCAAAAAUGCGUUAGAGCAACACACGCAAAAGCGACACCAGCCGGAAAAUACAUUGGAAAGCGCCACUCCAAUAAGUAAUUGCGAUAAAUGUCCAAAAAUAUUCUCAACGCGUGAAGAGUUACAAGAACACCAUGAAUUGGUACAUCCCGAAAGUUAUCCUGUACAGUGUCGGCGCUGUCCCCUAAUACAACCUUUAACGCGCUCUAAAUUAGUGGAACAUUUUCGUAUUGAACACCCAGUAGAGCAUCGUAAGCAUUUCCCCACAGUAGGAAGACCACUGAACGAACCAAUCAAGCCAACGCCGUGGCAAUGUGAAGUGUGUAAACGUUAUAUGCGAUCAGAAGCAGCCUUACGCGAUCAUCGACACACUCAUCGAAAUGAACGGCCCCAUGAAUGCCAAUUUUGUUCGAAACGUUUUGCUACAACCAGUAAUUUGCGCCAACAUAUGCGAGGUGUGCAUACCGAGGAAUAUGAGAAGCAAGUUAAUGAGGGCGGAGAUACUGUUGUGCAAUGUGAAAUUUGCAAAAAGCAGCUUCUUCGGCGAAAUCUCGAAAAACAUAUGGCAUUGCAUAUCAAAAAAGAACGUGAAGCGAAUGAGACUCAAGCAAAAUUCCUUUGCGCAUAUUGUUCUCGUGAAUUUACGAAUGCAAAAUCACUUAGUCUGCAUGAGCACAACGUCCAUUUAGUCAAAUUGGAGGAACCAAAGUAUGAAUGCGGCAUUUGUAAGCGAAAAUGCUAUCAGCAACGAGAUCUUAGUUCUCAUAUGCAACGGGUGCACCUGGCGGAGCGCAAGCACGUUUGCAACAUAUGUGGCAAUGCAUUCAAGAGCGCUUGGCCAUUGACAACACAUAAGCUACUACAUGUCGAAGAUAAGUCUUUCGAGUGCAUUCACUGCCAACGCAAAUAUACUCGACAAGCCGAUUUAAAUGUGCACAUUCGCUCACAUACCGGGGAACUGCCAUACGCAUGUCACCUGUGCGACAAACGUUUUGCCAUCAAAGUACGGCUAACAUACCACCUGCAACGUCAUCAGGGCGUGAAGCACCCUUGCACUUAUUGCGGCAAUGUCUAUGAUAAUCGCAAUCAACUAAAGGAGCAUCUUUUCAAGCACACAGGUAUGCCGUAUCGGUGUGAAUUGUGCCCGGAUGUUGGAUUUACACGUCGUUUGCGCUUUUCCAGUCAUAUGCAGCGCGUUCAUAAUCAAAAACUGAGUGCGGACGAGUUGGCUUCCGUUUUUGCGAAAUACACGGGAAAAGCGAUACAUUUCAACUCCAGUUUCAAGGCGCAGGAUAGUGAGGACUCACAAACAUUGCCCGACUGUAUUGUGGAUGAUGUGAAAGGAAAACAGGGUUACGUGAGCGAGAUUUUGCCUUGCAUAAUGGGCAAAUUGGAGCAUUACGAUGAAUUUGCUGAUGACACGAAAGACAUGAUUUCAUUGGUGGCGGUUGUUGACCGAGAUGUUGGUGGGGGAGGUGGUGGCGGUGCGGAAAAGUCACUCUUACCCAAACGCACUGCUGCUGCAGCAGCUGCAGCGCUCCCAGUUCCAGGAGGAGCAGGUGGCAUAAAAGCAUGCCCACCAGUUGGUCCACUACCGCCUCCAGUAGGCGCCAACGCAGUCACCGUAGCUUCAGGGAUAAUAAAAGACAUGGUUUGCGUAAAAAAAUUAAAAAUGGACUCACCACUGAAUCCCAACAUCAGCUUUGAGGAAACGCGAUGCUGUCGGGCGUGUCUAUCAGUAGCGACACAAAAUGAACUUGAAGACUAUGUCGAUCUGCUGGAGCCAUAUAGCUGUGAGCGCGGUACUCUUACCUUACUGGACUCUUUUAAUAAAUGUACUCAAUUACAUAUUGUGGUCGAAGAUUUCGAUAUUGAAGGAUAUCCACCUAGCCAUUUUAUUUGUGGGCGUUGUCGUCUUGACCUCAGGCAGGCUUAUGAGUUUCUAACGAGAGCACAGUUAAAUAACCAACUAUUAAAAUCUCAAUAUAUACAAUUGAAAUCUGAAGUUGCACAGCAAAAACCUGAUCUUAAUGGAAUCUAUACAGAAAGGGAAGGGGGAAGGGAGAAUGAUGGAAUGGAGAAGGAGUUCCUUAAAACGGAUUUUUCACCUGUCGAAUAUGCCGAUCAAAGUUCAAAUAUUACCACUGAAAUUGAUGAGAUAUUUGGUGACGUUAAUUCUGAGGCCAACGAGCCAUUACCAACUACUCUCAUAAGCGUAGAGCGCGUCUUGUGUAACGAACAGGAUGAUGCUCCUAAUAGCAACAUCAAUACUACAAAAGAGUCAAUAGGCAUUGAGAAAUUAAAAUCCAGCAUUUUUGGUAAAUUAUCCCCAUCUGAUAGGGAAGACGUCAACAUUGACGAUACACGUAAGGAUUGUUUUGAUUUUAAAUGCGAGUUUUGCACAUCUAUAUUCGAGUUCCAAAGGGAUUUGCUCCAUCAUUACGAAAUAGAUCAUGGAGAUAAAACACUUAAUUUUCCCUGCGAAUAUUGUCAAAAUCGAUUUGUUACAAAAAACGCUCUACGUUUACAUCGGCGUCAGGUUCAUCAAAAAGAUGAAUAUAUGGAUUGUGAGCAUUGUGGAAGGACUGUUUUGAAAACGUUCUACAGCGUGCACCUAAGACGCCAUAAACAACUCAAGUUCCUAUGUAACAAGUGUCCUAAAAUAUGUGCUUCGCGUUAUACGCUCAAAAAACACAUGGAACUACACUCGGAAGAUCGUGAUCGCAAUAUUGAAUGCAUCGAUUGCGGGAGGCGAUUCUAUACUCUUGAGAAUCUACAAUUGCAUCAAACCAUUCACAUUUCGCCAGAAGAUCGAACAAUAUUCGAAUGCACAGUUUGUUCAAAGACAUUUAUGCGCAAAUCCAAUCUUGGUUUGCAUAUGCAAAUGCAUCGUGGAAAGACUAUGGAUUGCCCACACUGCGGGAAGAAGUUUGUACGUCGCAAAGAUCUCGAAAUACAUAUACGUUUCCACACUGGCGAAUUUCCAUAUGCAUGUUCGAUGUGUGACCGAAAGUUUGCAAUAAAGGGCCACCUUAACUACCAUGAGAAACGACAUUUAGGUGUGCGUUAUAAAUGUGAUGAGUGUGAAAAGACAUUUAUAAAUCUGGCUGGAUUGCGGCAACAUCAGUACGAACAUACUGGAAUGCCAUUGAUGUGUGGAGUAUGCCAGCGUGGAUUUCCAACCAAAUUUAAGGUUCGGCGCCACUUACGUACGGUACAUCAAUACCUCUUCAAAAAAACUGGUUAUUCAGAUACACUAGCAAAAAAGUAUAUAACCCCUGCUACCAAAUCAAAACUUCCUACGAAAAGUGUAGAGGUGGAGGACGUUACUGAGGGCACUGUCGAAAUGCUAGAGGAGCAUGCCGAAGACAUUCCCUUGAAUAUGCUAGCUAUUUAAAUCUUCUGUUCUGACCAAAGUCUUAAAA